AUGGCCAGAGAUUCGCUAUCGCCCCAACCAUCUUCUAGCUGCAAACCUGCCGCCUUGUCCAGAGACAGCAGCUCGGCAUUUGCAGCAUCCAAACGAGGCGUGAUGCCUGAGCCAAUAACUAUGGUGCGCCUAUCUCCAGCGACAGAGGUGGCGAUCCGCUUGCUGCCAGGCAACGACCGCUGCGUGGAUUGCAAGGCCGUCUGUCCGCAGUGGGCCGGCGUCUCGUUCGGCGUGCUACUUUGUCUAACUUGCGCUGGCAAGCACCGCUCGCUGGGGGUGCAGACAAGCUUCGUAAAGUCGCUAGUUAUGGAUGCCUGGUCAGAGAGUGAGGUGCGAGCGCUUGAACUGGGUGGAAACGCUAAGUGGAUCGCUGUAUGUGCUGGCACCGGAGUUUCUGAUCUUUCGAUGGAGAAAAAGUAUUCGUCAAGCGUGGCCAAAGCCUACAAGAGUCGCGUGGCUCUGGCGGCUGCGAAGGAUCCGUCGGUGCAGUGUGCGUUCACUGCGACGUCGUUUUUAUCGAUACUUGCUGAAGUUGCUACGAGAGAAAUAAGCCCAGUUUCAAGUGUUAAGGAAAAUCCUGUGUCGUCCCCGACAACGGCAAUGGCGAUGCAACCCAUGAGUGACCCUGCCGAUUGCAACAGUGUCAAGUGCACGACCUGCUGUUCAAUGGUGUCGCUUACUGAAUUGAAUUCGCACUCCAAGUCCUGCACUGUCAGCGCUUCGAGUAUUGUGGAAUGGCGAAAAUACGAGCGAAAGAUUGGAUCUCCUGGCGAACCGUUAGGUUUCACGUUAGCCAAGGCCAACAGUGGCUAUGCCGAGGUAUCUCGGAUCAUUCCGGGCGGUACCGCCGAACGAGCCAACGUGAUAGUUGGCAGCUUAUUGAUCGGUCUGAACGACACGAAGAACCUUAAAUUUGACGAAGUUGUGAGCAUGCUUCGAACGUUGCCGCGACCAAUCUCGUUCCACUUUGUUUUCCGCGCUCAAAUGGCGUCGGAGGGUCCGAAAGCCGUGAUUUCAUCCGUCCCGGAACCUAGGACCGUGGAGAUUAAUGUGACGCUGCAAGACAAGGAAGAACUCGGCUGCUCAUUGGCUGCGAACGAGUUCAGCUGCGUCGUGCAAAACGUCGAUGAGGACUGCAUUGCAAGGAGACACGGCGUCUUGGUCGGAUCUCGUGUGGUUGCUGUGAACGGACAGAAAUAUCUGAAGCCGAAGGAUUUGAUUCGUGAAAUCUGCACUGCCCAGCGUCCAGUCAAGAUAACAGUGCAUCGCGUUGAAGGGCUUAUGAGAGGAUGGAGCAGGUAG